CGUCAGGUUUGUUUCCAUCAUAAACAAGUAUUAAAAACUCAAAUGCUGUACGUUAGCAUUUAUUCAAUAAAAAUAAUAUUUAUUUUCAUACAACACCUUCAAUGAAAGGAAUUACAAACAAAGGUGUUCUAUUACAAGGGAACUCUAGCUUAACGACACUCCCUCCUUUACGGCAAAUGGAAUAUGGCGGAGGCUGGGAAACCUUUUGACGAGCUGGAGCUCGUAAAGGAAUGGCAGGCAUCUGCAGACCUGAAGUCGGCCCUGUACAGUUACCUGAAGAAGCAGGUGCCUCGGAUCUUCUGUCUUAAGGAUGAGCUCAGCCCUCAGCAGGAAGAGGAGCACACACAGAAGCUCCUCCUCCAUCCUCUGGAGUACUUCCUGUUUGGUGAAGAUCCAGAUGAAGGUGUGGAGAAGCUCAAACAGCGCAGCACGUCUUCCCAGCUGUGUGGACGUGUCUUCAAAGAGGGGGAGACCGUCUACUCUUGCAGGGAUUGUGCAAUAGAUCCCACAUGCGUGCUGUGCAUGGACUGUUUCCAGGAGAGUGUCCACAAAAGUCAUCGUUACAAGAUGCACGCGUCAUCGGGCGGGGGCUUCUGCGACUGCGGAGACGUAGAAGCCUGGAAAAUUGGACCGUGUUGCUCCACACACGACCCCGAGGCAGCUGCCGCCAUGGUAACGGAUGAGUGCACGUUGGAGCCGGAAUUGUACAAUCGUGUUGAGAUGCUCUUCCGGGUAUUGCUGAACUACUUCACAGACUUCCUAGACUGGGCAGAAGACCGUCAGCUUUCACAUCAACUCCAACCUGAGGAAAGAGACAACAUGUACUUCUGUGUGCUGUACAACGACGAGCACCAUUCGUACGACCAUGUGAUCUACACCCUGCAGCGGUCGGUUAACUGUGACCAGGCGGAGGCGCAGACUCACACAGCGCUUAUUGACAAGGAGGGUCGGCGAGCAGUCAAGAGAGGAAGUCUGGACUCCUGUCAGCAAGCCAAAGACCACAUCAAGUACAACUCUGAGCACAUUUCCCUGCAGCCUCUGCGUGUCGAGGUUCUGCACUCGGCCGUCAUGGCUCAUCAAACAUUCGCCCUGCGCCUUGGCUCCUGGUUCCAAAAGAUCAUCGGUUAUUCAGUGGGUUUCAGACAGGCCUUCUGCAGGGUAGCGCUUGAGCCCAACAAAGACCAGACCAGCUUGUGCUGCAUCAGCAGACUCAUGUUGCUCGAUGCCAAAUUGUACAAAGGAGCUCGUAAGAUGACACAUGAGCUCAUUUUCUGUAGCAUACUAAUGGAGACCGAAUUCAAGAGGCUGUUUGCAAUUGAAUUCACUAAGCUUUACAAGGAUCUCCAGAAUAACUUCAUCGAUGAUGAUCAUGACAGAAGUAUUUCCAUCACUGCACUGUCGGUUCAGAUCUUCACUGUGCCCACACUGGCGAGGUACCUUAUCGAGGAAACAAGCGUCAUCACAAGGAUCGUGAAUACAGUCAUGGCGCUGCUAUUGGAGCAUCUGGAUGUAAACAAUCGCUUCUUCUUCUUGGGCUACAACUCUGACAAGUUUUCCCGCAUCCAGGUCAUUUUCCAUGACCUCAGGUAUAUUCUGAUAAGUAAACCCUCCACGUGGAAUUUUAAACUUCGGAAACAGUUCAUAGAAGGAUUCAAUGCCUUUCUUGGCCUCCUUAAAUGCAUGCAGGGUAUGGAGGAGGUGGAGCGACAGUUUGGUCAACAUAUUGCCGUGGAGCCAGAGUGGGAAGCCGGCUUCACCCUUCAGAUCCAACUCCGACAUAUUCUCGCUAUGUUUCAGGACUGGUGCUCUUCCGAUGACAAGAUCUUGCUGGAAGCUUUCCGAGAUUGCCACAAACUCUUGCAGCAGUGCAAUAAUCAGCCCUUCCGCAGGGAAGCGGCUGACAACUACAUGUGUAAACAGAUCCUCAAUGUUCGACCCUACAAAGUGUCUCAGGAGCCCGUCAGCAUUCAUCUACCCCUCUCUAGGCUGCUAGCAGGCUUGUAUGUACUCGUCUGCAAGAACGGAUUAUAUGAUCAACUGUGGGACAAAGAAAGUUACGACUUCGCCACUCUGGCUGAGCAUCCUCUGCGCUGUGUGGUGCUGGCUGCACAGGUAUCAGCUGAAAUGUGGCGCAGGAACGGGCUCUCUUUGGUCAGCCAGGUGUACUACUACCAGGAUGUGAAAUGCAGAGACGAGAUGUACGAUAAAGACAUACUCAUGCUUCAGAUUGCUGCUUCUAGAAUGGACGGCAACCAUUUUCUCAUGCUCAUCCUGUUAAGAUUUGAGCUCUUUAAUUUCUUCAAUGGAAGCUGUUCCAGCAGAGACCAUAAUGAAUUAGUGCAGUGGAAUCGACUGACUGAAGAGAUGCUUUACCUCCUUAUCGUCAUAGUCGGUGAGCGCUACGUCCCCGGAGUCAGUAACGUGACCAAAGAGGACGUGACAAUGAGGGAGGUCAUCCACCUGCUGUGCAUUGAGCCAAUGGCACAUAGUAGUCUGGUCAAAGGCCUGCCAGAUAAUGAGAGCCAUGAAACAGGUCUGGAGUCUGUGAUCAGCAAAGUUGCCACAUUCAAGAAACCAGGGGUGUCAGGUCAUGGGUUAUAUGAGGUGAAAAAGGAGCAUCUGGUCCAGUUCAACCCUUUCUUCUACCAUUAUUCAAGAUCACAACACAGCAAGGCUGAAGAGUCGCAAAAGAAGAGGCGUAUUCAGGAGGGCACAGAUAAAGCGCUGCGUCCUCCGGCGCCGCCUCCCUUCUGCCCGGCAUUCUCCGGCAUCGUGCGUCUGCUUUGCUGCGACAUCCUCGUCCACGUCCUCAGACGAGUCCUGCAGAGGGCAGCAGAAGAAAAGUCCACUCACUGGACGGAAAUAAUGAUCCAGCGGGCCCUGCACCUUAUAGGCCAGUCAUUGCUUGAAGAAAAAAAACAGCUCGAGGACAGCACUGUAGAGGAAGUGACCUUUGAUUUCAGCCUGAAGGCUCGCAAAGUUGGUGCCGAACACGGCAAGUCUGUGUACCUCUUGCUGUCAAAAAUGAAGAGCGCCCGUUCGCUUGAAGCGCAAAAAGACAUGAUCUUGUGGCUUCUACAGAUGUUUGAGAUCGUCAAGUGCCUCAGAGAGAAGUCCAGUCCAACUACCUCCAUGAGCAUGGAUACAAGCAAGCCUGAGGAGAGUGCUCAGGACAAAGAAAAAGCUGAGCGCAAACGGAAAGCCGAAGCCGCUAAACUUCACCGCCAGAAAAUCAUGGCCCAAAUGUCGGCCAUGCAGAAAAACUUCAUCGAAUCCAACAAGAUGCUUUAUGAAAACAUGCCAGAGAGUGGCAUGCAAGGAGAGCCUGUCACGUCUACGGAAAGCUCCAUGGAGCAGAAGGAGCUGUGCGUCGCUGUGGGGCCCCAAAGAGGGUCCACACCCGCAGAGAGGGAGGUGUUGACCUGCAUUCUUUGUCAGGAGGAACAGGAAGUGGCGGCCCAGGCUCCGGCCAUGGUGCUAACGGCAUGUGUCCAGAGGUCCACAGUGUUGACUCAGUGCAGAGGAAAGAUGCCCACGACCGGUGCUGAAGCCACAUCCUACCCAUCAUUCAUGCCUCCUGAACUGGCCGUGGGCACCCACACGGGCAGCUGUGGGCAUGUCAUGCACGCGACAUGUUGGCAAAAAUAUUUUGAAGCAGUCCAGAAUACAACCAGGAACCGUCUUCACGCCGAACUCAUCAUCGACCUCGAAAACGGGGAGUACCUGUGUCCUCUGUGCAAGUCUCUAUGCAAUACCGUUGUCCCCCUCAUCCCUUUGGAGUCCCUCGUGUUCAACUAUGAAAAUGCUGAGAUAAUUGGUCAACAUUUGACUCUGACUCGCUGGGUCCAGAUUCUUGAGGCCAGGAUUAAAGGACUCAAGGCCGUCACUCAGGAUAACGAUGUCAACAUGGAAAACACUAAUAAUGACAACUCGGUGUUAUGCGGAGAAGGUCAACCGGAUUUCAGAUCCAUCCUGAGCUACGGAGUACAAGAACCGAGAAAAUUCUCUGACAGUAUAGCAGAGAUGCUGGUUGUGUGCGCCACCACCGUUCACAGGGUGGGGCUUCAGACGGUACCCAAUGAGCUGUGUCCACGUGUGCCCCUCAUGGCCUGGAAUACCUGUGCCUUCACUAUUCAGUCCAUUGAGAACAUAUUACAGGAAGAGGACAAACCACUUUUUGGGUCCUUACAAAACCGACAGCUGGCAGGUCUGAAGGCGACGGUUCAAUUCUCAGCAGCACAGAGAAUUAAGUGCUCGCAGGCAGUGAUCCAAAGACACUUCACUGACAUGUUAGCAGUGUUGCUGCCGGUCACAAGCAGAAAGAACACGCCGUCUAUUCUGGAAGUGGAUUUCUUCCAUCUUCUGGUGGGUUUAGUGUUGUCUAUGCCCUCGCUGUACCAGGAAGAAGCUGUAGACUUGCAGCCGUCCGCCGUCAGCUCAGCUUACAACCAUCUGUAUCUACUGCAUCUGGUCACAAUGGCUCACAUCCUGCAGGUGCUGCUCCUCACAUCAGACUUCCCUGUCGUUCCUGGUGAAGACGAGACAGAAGAAUCCAGAGCGGCAGCAGAACUACACAAUAUCGUGUCACAACACACUGGGAGGCUGCUCUCCGACGUGUCCGGCACAUCUGUGGCUCAAAGAGUGAAGAUGGGAAUCAUCUCUUUUCUUCGCUGUACCGCUCUCUUUUUCAGCUGCUUUACCGGUGUUCGCCCUCCAGAUGAGCUUUUUUCCACUUCUGUUUCCUGUCAAGGUCAGAUGGAGGCAGUAUGCAGCUACUUGGCUCUUCCUUCCAACGUGUUCCAGCUCUUCCAGGAACACAGAGACACCGUAGCGCCACUGCUGCAGAGGUGGUGCAGCAAUCCAGUGAUUACCAAAAGCCUGAAAGGCAAAAUUCAAACCGUCAGAUACCCAAGAAGAAGAAAUCAUUUGAUCGACCUCCCGGAGGAUUACAGUGCCCUCCUCAAUCAAGCCAGCCAUUUUCAGUGUCCCAAGUCUGCAGACGACGAGAGGAAGCAUCCCACCCUCUGCCUCUUCUGUGGCACCAUGCUGUGUUCUCAGAGCUCCUGCUGCCUCAGUCAGCUGGAUGGGGAAGAUGUGGGCGCCUGUACCGCCCAUGCAGCCACCUGUGGUGCAGGAGUGGGCAUGUUUCUCAGGAUAAGAGAGUGUGAAAUUGUACUGAUGGCCAGUAAGACUCGAGGAAGCACGUAUCCUGCUCCAUAUUUGGAUGACUACGGCGAGACUGACCCUCGUCUUGGGAGGGGCAAUCCAUUACACCUUUGUCCGGAGCGUUACAGGAAGUUGAAGCAGAUGUGGCAGCAGCACUGCAUCCUGGAGGAAAUCGCUCGCAGUCUGGAGUUGGUCAACGUCAUGUUUGCUUUUGACUGGCAGAUGUUGUGAUGGUGGAGCCAGCAGCAAAGGCGGCGUCGUGAAGAAGCUCGUGUGGAGAUGCUCUCUGCUGCUUCCUGAGGGCACGUAUCUGCACGGAAGCCAAAAGCCUCCUGCUGGAGCUCAGAGACACCGCCAGAAGAGGGAGGGAGGGAUGGAUGGAGGAAGGGAGGAAGGGUAAAAAUGGACAGAAAAAGAAACAUUUCCUAACGGAUUAGCCUUCUUUUAAUUUGUCUGCUGUGAGAAUGCAAAUAAGCUCCUGUCAGGAGAAACCAGUAGAAACCGGAUUAAAUAUAGACAUACAUUAGAUCCACACACCACGACCUUUGACCUUCACGCUGGUCUGACUUUGUUCUAACUUAUACACGUGGAUUUAUAACACAGAGUGAUGUCUAUUAACCAAUUUACCCAUUUAUUAUUUACUACUUAUCCGUUUUUCGACUCAUUUUUAACAUCUAGUCUUUGUUGUUUUGCAAAACACAAAUGAAUAUAACCUUACUCUGAUGACUACAUAGUGUUUAUUUAUUCAACACAAAUCUAAGAAGUACACAAAGUGUAUAGAUUUCAUAGAAUUCAUACUUUUAUCAUGUCUUACCCUUUGGAAAAUAGGUGACUUUAGUAUGAUUGUGCUAUUUGAUAGCACUUACACACAGGCUACGGUAAUAAAAAAAAAACAUGAGUCAAAGUACCAAUAUGUCUCUUUACAUUUGAUACAUGUACAGUCCAUUAAAGUUGCUAUCACCUCACCUGGUGCCGAAUUUAAACACUUUUUCAGCCUAAAAUAACCCAAAGAAUAUCAUCACCUAGCUAGCUAGCUAGCUAGCAUACACCGUCUCACUCAGCGCGCGCAUGCGCGUUCACAAACACGCAGGACCGCUCGCUUGCGUGAAUGUCACGUGGGGGUGUGGCUUGCAAUCAAGCGCGAACGUCGCCGCCAUAUUGGAUGUGUCGAGGCAACGCUGGAUAUCCAAAAAUCAAAACAAGUAAAGCUAUUUUCAUAAAACGCUUUCUACAAAGAAAUGUAAGUUAAUGGCACUCGUUUAUACGUACUAUAUUCACACACGCACUAAUAUACUUCGUAUACUUAGUAUUAUGACUGUUAUUAUAUUGUGUUGUAUGGCUAUAUGAAUGUGGAACCUACCAAAAAAGCUUGGGAGUCCAAUUUUUCAUCAGAAAAGAGAUAUAUUUCAAGCAUAACUUUCACUUUGACACAAGUGUAUUGCUUUUGUGACAUAUCAAAUAUCUAAACAACUAUACCGCAUCAUAAACAUCACAAAGAAUGGUUGUUUUACAUCCAAAUAAUUUACAUACAAGUAUAACAACAUGAACUGUGUGUGUGCAUGCGUUCAAAUUUCCCUACAUUUUUUUUUUUGCUACAAAUCUUCCGCUUCCUUCUUGCUAUGGAGUGUUAAAGAUCCAUAUUGAACUCUUAUCAAAUUCUCUUCUGCCACCUUGUGGCUUUUUAUGGCUGAAAAAUGAUCUACCGGUGACUUAUUUUAGCGUGCAGUUGCGUCAUCACCAUCUUGCACCCAAAGAAAACCUAAAAGAUGUAUCAAUAUGUUUUUGGGAUCGGGCGUCCGGGUGUAUAAAACGUAUAAAUACGUCUUCGGUAUUGAAUAAGUUAAUUGAUUCCCGUACCCAGCCUUGAUAAGUGAAUUCCCCGCAAAGUAGUAUUCCUGUGUUUCUGUAGUUGGAUAAUAGAAAACCUGUUUCCAACUUCUAAAUAUAACUUUUAACAUUAUUAGAGCCCUCUAGAUAUGAAAUAACACCCCUAUAGUCACCUUUACACUCAUUAAACUAAAUAGUAGAUAUAAUAACGGGAAAUAAUU